AUGGCAGAAGAACCACAGAUACCGCAACAAGUGUCACCACUUGGUGAACAGAACGUAGCACCCGCUGAGAUCAGCAGCAACGACGGCAACAUAGUCAACGUGCCGCAGGAAAACUUGGAGGUAAUUUUUUAAUCUGCUUUUCUACGUACUUCUAAUUCAUAAUAUGUACACGUUUGGGCACGUGUAAGUACUCAUAGCGUGACUUUCAGCGAAUCACUUGUUCAUAACUCCUAUAGAUUUCUAGUCAGUUUCUAUGUACACUUGUACAGCGUACUUGUUAGUUGUCGUGAAAUGAUUUCGCUUGGCAAGGGACCAGUGAAUGAUUACUCAGGAGGUAUAUUGUUAAAAUAUGUUGCUCGUGAAUUAACGUUUAUUCGUAGUAAAAUGAUUUCGCUUGGCCAGGGACCAGUGAAUGAUUACUCUCGAGGUAUAUUGUCAAACUAUCUUGAUCAUGAAUCAAGGUUUAUACUCGUAGUGCUGCCUCGUCCCCAGGCGCUAGUUAAAAAUUUUAUGCGAGUCACUAUAUGAAAGAUUUACAUGAAGUAGUGCAUCGCGAUGAACAAGCACAGGGGGUUAUGGGCUUGAGGCAUCAAAAUUGAGGAGCGCCUGGGAGAUCUUGUGCCGUUUCUUGCAAAAUUCGUCUGUUUCUUGCAAAUCAUGGUUUUUCGACAGUUUUGGGGCUUUUUUCGCCAUUUUUUUUGAGGAAACAACAUUUCAAAUUGUUCAAUUAAACAUGUGAUUACAGUCAGAUGAUAUUUGAUAUCUUUUAACGCUUUGAAUGAUUCCGAGAUGUCAACACUUGAAGAGUUCUACGGGGCUGUAGAAGCCGGUUUAUAUAAUAAAUUUACAAGGUAUGGAAAAAUGACAAUGAAUUUUUAUCACAACGAGCAAUUUAUUUUAAAAAUAUACAGCUACAAGACGUUUUUUAAACAAGGGAGCGAUGAAACUUUAUUUUGAAUUGCAUUUGCAAGAUUCGUCUCAGGAUUUCAGUUACGAGCUUAUUUACAUGCAGUAUGUUUGAUUUUCACGAUGCAAACGAUCGACAAUAUUUUGAAUAAUUCAGGUAAGGAUAGCUUUAUUUCUUUCUGGUGAUAUACAUGAAGGGAUUUAUAUUUAGAUCUGUUGUUUACUUGUAUGUUCGACAGCUAUUUAUACAAGAUCGGCCAGGCGCUAACCAGAACACUCAUAUCCCACUCCCCUUUGCGCGCCUAGAAUGUCACGCACUACUUCAUGUAAACCUUUCAUAUAGUGACUCGCAUGAAAUUUUUUUAUUAGCGCCUGGGGACGAGGCAGCUCGUAGUGAAAAGAGUUCGCUUGGCAAGGGACCAGUGAAGGAUUACUCACAAGGUAUAUUGUCAAAAUAUGUUGAUCGUGAAUUAAACGUUUAUUCGUAGUAACAUGAUUUCGCUUGGCAAGGGACCAGUGAAUGAUUACUCACAAGGUAUAUUGUCAAACUAUCUUGAUCGUGAAUCAAGGUUUAUACUCAUAGUGAAAUUAUUUCGCUUGGCAAGGGACCAGUGAAUGAUUACUCGCGAGGUAUAUUGUCAAACUAUGUUGAUCGUGAAUCAAGGUUUAUACUCGUAGUGAAAUUAUUUCACUUGGCAAGGGACCAGGUAAUGAUUACUCACGAGGUAUAGUGUCAAAAUAUGUUGAUCGUGAAUCAAGGUUUAUACUCGUAGUGAAAUUAUUUCGCUUGGCAAGGGAGCAGUGAAUGAUUACUCACGAGGUAUAUUGUCAAAAUAUGUUGAUCGUGAAUCAAGGUUUAUACUCGUAGUGAAAUGAUUUCGCUUGGCAAGGGACCAGUGAAUGAUUGCUCACGAGGUAUAUUGUCCAAAUAUGUUGCUUGUGACUUAAAGUUUAUUGGUAGUGAAAUGAUUUCGCUUGGCAAGGGACCAGUGAAUGAUUACUCAUGAGAUAUAUUGUCACAAUAGGCGGACUGUGAAUCAAAGUUUAUUCAUAGUGAGAUGAUUUCGCUUGACAAGGGAACAGUGAAUGAUUACUCAAGUGAUAUAUUGUCAAAAUAUCAAAAUAUAUUAAUCGUGAUUCACAGUUUUCUCGUAGUGACUUGCCCGAUACGAGACCGGUGAAUCACCACAAUAUGUGGAUCUUGAUUCAAGAUUUACUUGUACUGAAAUGCCUGGCAUUUUAAGGGGCCUGUGAAUGGUCAAGUAUCAUGCUGAUCCUGACCUAAAGCUUACGGCAAGGGAUCAAUGGCUCAACCUUAAGGGUUGCAAGUAACCCUUCAUUUCAUUGGUUAUUCGCAAUCGUUCCCAUGAGACAAUUUAAAGCAAACGAUGGCUAAUAAUCAUAUAUUAAUUGUUUGGUAAAUGCCUGUCAUGUGCGCUCAAUUGAGACCUACAAACGGCAUGUUAAUUGGGAAUGGUGAAUCGAACCACUGAUGAAUUGAAAUGGCGUUAAAGUCUUCUCUUGCUACUACAAUGCUUAUCUCGCAACAAGACCAGUGAAUAAUUGCUUGCAAGAAACUUGAGAUAAUGGUUUCCUCCCUAAUAGCACCUGAAACAUACCGCAUGGAAACUGGCCAAAAGUUACUCGCCAGAAGAAGGCGUAAUAAAAUCAUCACAAUGGGCGAUUAUUUAUGUUAAUAGCUAUUUACCAUGCUGAGACCUCACGCGGGAUGAUAACAAUAGCUCAAAGUUGUGUUUAUCUUUUGAGCAUUUGCAUAGGCAUUACCAUGAGCUCACAUGUGGUUUGUGUUGACAUAUAUCACUCUAUUUCUAGACUUUGCAAAGGCAGUAUACCGAACUUCAGGCUAAAGUUGAGGCUCUGACCACCUCAUCACUCGACCCUCUACUAAUGAAAAUUCGUAAUCUUGCCUCCAGAUCGAUUGCCGAAUUUUCACGCUUUGAAGCAAUGGAUCUGUUAGAAGCUAAUAAAAAUACUCCACAAGACAAUAAAUAUGAAAAGGCGAACUACUAUAAAUUGACUUACGAAACGCUCAGAGCAAAAGUAAACUCUAGCACCAACGAGCAGUUUAGAGCCUUCCUUCUACCCCUGUUAGGGGACAAAGACCAGGACAUCAUUAGUAGAGUGGAAAAGAACCAUGUGCGACGACACCAAACCACAACAUUACCACCUUCUAUGAGAAGGGCCACAACAGCAUCUCCAUACCGUUCUAUCCGCUGUUACUAUUGUCAGAAAUUUGGCCAUACGAGAAAUACGUGCUACAAAUUGAAGAGGGAUCAGGAGCAGUUUAAUGUUACUGGACAGGCACAACAAAAUAUGAAAGACGUUUAG